AUGGCUGCCGGAGCGAUGAACAGAUUGAAGCGAAGACGCAGCCGGUGGAAACCAAAGCACAGCGUCAACAAUCGCACCCACUCCCGCAACCACAAAUGGGGCCUGGUAUUGAGAAAGACAGAAGGUCGAGCCCCGGUAAGGUCGGUACUAGCGACGGGCCAACCACCGAUCAUCCCGAACAUUCCUCCAGAAGGUCGGAGAAGAGGUGUGUAUGAGGCAGCGAUGGAAAGCCGCGAGGCGAACUCGUGGCUCAAGGACAAUCAGUACAAUCUCGAUCAGCUGAAAACCGUCCAGUGCACCUGGCAGACUCAGCUGGUCGACUUCCUUGAUACCGGAUACGCCUUCCGAAUCUAUUUACUCUGGGACUACGAUCGCUUGUGGGGGGUCUUUAAUCUAGGGCAUACGAAGGGAGUAUUGCUUGUUGAUCCAGGACCAAGGGUUUCAUCCUCCAGUGACGACCCUCAGCAGUUAUCGUUUCUCUGGCGAGGAGUGCGCGCAGAUGAUCCGAAUACAUAUAUUUGCGACAAUUCAAUUGCAAAAGGCGAAAUCUGGCUCAAUCCGUGCCACAGAAGACUGGGUGGAUAUUUCGACUAUAUUGCGGGGAACGGUAUGGCUGGUGGGGAUCGCUGCUACUUCCGUGCAAGGCCGCGAUUUGGCCCUCCGGUGGUACCGUAUUCUUUGAAAGAUGUUGUUGACGAAUGGGAUGAGUAUGGCUCAUCAAAAUACGCAAGGGAGGAAAUCAGGCAGAACCUGUCUUUGGACGAUUUGGAUGCUGAUUUGCGCAAGAGAGACAGAAGACGCCCAAUGUCUGCGGUGUGGGACUUCCACAAGGGUCACACCAGUGCUGUUGGCUUUUCAGGGCCAUGA